GCUGCUGAGCCGCGGCGAGGAGGAGGGGCCGGCGUGAGGCUCCGCGCAGACGGUGUCACGCCUGCGGUCCGUUCCGCCGCGGAGCAUGGCCGGCAGAGGCGCUGGCAGAGGCGCUGGCAGCGGCCCGCCGCCCGCCGCGCAGCCGCUCGCCGGCGGCCACUUGUACCCUUCGGUGAGCGCGGAGAGCGAGGGGCCCGAGGAGGAGGGCGAGCUGUCGGAGCUGCGGCCGCGGGGCAGGGAGAAGGUCCGGCGGAGCGCGUCGAGGGACAGGCUGGAUGAUAUCGUGCUGCUGACGAAGGACAUCCGGGAAGGGGACACGCUGAACGCGGUGGCGCUCCAGUUCUGCUGCUCCGUUGCAGAUAUCAAGAGAGUUAACAAUCUUAUCAACGAUCAAGAUUUUUUUGCCCUGAGGUCUAUCAAAAUUCCAGUGAAAAAGUUCAGUGUAUUGACUGAAACCCAUAUAUCUCCAAAAGGAAGACCAGCUCUUCGGCCUGAUCUGUGUUCCCCAGAAGUACAGGAAACAUCUCUUUGUGAUAAAUUCUCUGCUAAUGAGACUGCUGGCAACUUCUUAAAAGAAGUCGAUCGAGAUAUAGAAGAAAUAGUGAAGUGUAAUGAUACAAAGAGAGAGAAUCUGAAUGAAGUUGUUUCUGCUUUAGCAGCCCAACAGAUCUGUUUUGAAACUGAUGGCAAAACUAAAAAAUGCAAGGAUCCUUACUAUGGAGCAGACUGGGGUAUAGGAUGGUGGACAGCAGUAGUGAUUAUGUUGAUUAUUGGCAUAGUAACUCCAGUUUUUUAUCUCCUGUAUUAUGAAGUUCUAGUGAAAGUAGAUGUCAGUCACCAUUUUCCAAUGGAAUCUUCCCAUUUGUUUGUCACAGCAGUAUCCCAUCAGAAAGAAACAGAAAAUGGAAUAAAUCCAACAAAUAUUAUGAAAGUUGAUAAUCAAGGAGACCUUCAGCAUUAAUAGUGGAAGACCCUAGACAGCUGUUAUUUGUAGAUACGUUGACAUAACCUUAGGUAGAAGGGAAUCCACAGAAUGCAAAAUGCACUUAGAAUGCAGAGAAGUGUACUGAUGUGUGACUUGCCUUUAUGGGCAGUGUUCCACUGCAAGGAUAUUUCUGGGGAUCACAUAAUCUGUCAAUAUGACAGGCAGUCUGGGGUGUAAAUUUGGCGUGUAAAUUAAGGUAUGAAGUAAUGAAGCUUUGCACUCUUUUCUGUUUUGAUAGGCAUGUUUCUUAAAAAUGUAGUUCAAACUAACACACAAGGAGACUGUGUGUUUUACAGCCCAGAAGUGGGCAUAUGGGGAUAUCUAACUUUUAAACAUCUGAAAGGAUUUACAGAAUUCAUAGUAAUACUUUAAUAUCAGGUUUACAGUUGUAAAUUAAAAUGGUGUUCUCAUAAUUUAAUCUUUCUUACAGAGUAAAUUUUUUUUAAAACUCAGUCAUUCCAUAAUUAAUAGCCACUAUGGAGUUCUUUUUUACAGAGGAAGUAGCAAACACUUAAAUUGGAAUCUUGAAAUCUUGUGCCUGUGGUCAACCCAUUCUUCAAUACUUCUCAGUAUAGGCACUAAGGUAAUUUGUUUUCUGUGUUAUGCUGUGCCUCAACGCAGUCACUUAGGAGUCCUUCUGAAACUUUACAUUCUUUGGUAUCCUGCUGAAAACUGACUGGACUGGUUUCUUAUCUGAUCACAUGUGUGUAGAAUGAAAGAAAUGCAGAAGUGUAGCACCUUGCUGUAACUGCCCAGUAGUACUUAUUUUCUGCUAACAGAAAAUUUUUCCUUUUUCCUCCUCCAGUUAAUCUCAGUUCAGGACCAACUGAUUCUUUAGACAGUAGUCAUGUGGGUACUGAGCAUGCCAAUGCUGGUCUUGUGCCCAUGAACCUCAAGCUCUUAAGUGUUUUCCUGAAAUGUCCUAGAAGACCUCAAAUGAUAUUUAAUGCCUGCUGGCAAAUUUGAGCAGAAUAGACAAACUUGCAUUAUCAGACUUGUUCUUUACACAUUAGUGUAUUUGUUAACCAAUCCCAUUUUGAAUGUUUCUCUUGGAGUUUCAUGAUCAACCUUGGUUUUCCCCUCUUUUUCUUCCCAAUCUAAAAAUGCUUCAAAAUAAAAAAUGAACAUAAAAACCUAAAUAAAAACCCCACACCUCUGACUCUUCAUACAGAAGGGAGGUACUUGGGUACUUAGAAUGCUUUUAAAUAAAAACGGAGAUGGUGCCUAUAAUUAUUUUGGUUAUAUUUGCCCUGUGGAGCAAGAUUUCUGUUGCCCUCUUCAAAACAGUAUUUAGUACCAAAACCCAAGAUAACAAACUUUGAUUAGGACUUAAAAAGAGAAAAGUGGAAAAAAAGUCAUCAUCCUUUAAACUACUAUUGUAACCUUUUCAAUGAGUGUCUUGACUAAGUAUAUACAGUACAAAAAGGUGAAGUGAAUGUGUUCUAACUGUAGACGUCUUCCAAAAUGCUUUGUGAGAUUCUGAGAGUGAAGACAUAGGCCCCAUGGAUUCUUCAGGUAUCUGUUGCCCCAAGAAGUGGGGCAGAUAAUCUUCACUGGCAUGCCAAGUGUAUGAACAAGAAUUGGCUGACUUGUAUUAUUUUGAAAUUGAGGCAGGCAAGAGCUUGAAGGAGAAUGGUUUAAAGUUAGGUACCUGAACUAUGAUCUGUGUCUUUUGAACCUUUUGAUUAAAGGAGCAUCUGUGGAGAUAGUGAGCCUCCUCAUAGUUUCCACACUUAGAAAAGGGAUUACAAAUAGUGUGAACUUGAUGGUUUGCAUAACACUUGUUUUCAAAGAUCAUUUCAAAUAGUAGUUCUUUUCUUUAAGAGAAUAUGCCAGUAAGACAAACAUAAACAUUGAGGUAGUAGUUCUAAUGCUAUAUGAAAAAAUACUUCAUGAAAUAAUUUAUGGUGGCUAAAGCAAUACAGCUCUCAUGGUUAAAACUUUAAAAGGUGACUCAGACAAGAAAGUUUUGGCACAUAAAAACAAAUAUUUUCUUUAUAGGUUGAAACUUGAUAUAUAAUGCAUAAUUUUUUUGCUGCCAAGUUUUUUAUUGUCUGGCUUCUUCUCACAUCCUUUGUUGCUGAAACUCAUCAGUAUUUUAUUCUUCCAUUUCUUAUGUAUUCAUCAAAGUACAUUAAAUUAGCUAUUGUGAUGAUGCAGCAUAAGCCUAAUAUACAGCAUAUACUUGAACUGAUGGUUCCUAAAUUGCUAUUGGUACAGAAUUGAAAUUAACUGUGGUCAGGAAGGUCUCUGACCUGUUAAUGUAUGGAUACAGAGGUCUGGUGGUACAGCUAAAGAGUCCUCUAGUGUCUCACAGACUUCGUGCUUUUACAGUGUCAAAAACCUGUGGCUUACUGGCACUGAGUUAAGGGUGAUGUGCCUUGAUUUACCUUAGGAUAAGCAGUCUUGAUUUACCUUAGGAUAACACAAAGGAAUAGCUGUCUUAGGUAUUCCAUUGUAAGCCAGAGCCUGGCAUGUUUUCACAGAUGUAUUAUGUAGCGUAUUUCAUACAGUACAUUUUGAGUUAACUUUAUCAGAAGAUACAGUAGAACUCUUUUCAGGAGAGUAGGACUCCUGAUCCUGGUAAUCUACAACCAUCAGCUGGCUUGGUUUGCUGCAAAAUGUGGGGAUCUCUACAGCUUUUUUCCAAACUACAACACAAUUGGUCAUCAUCACAUGUUAGCCUUGAAUAAACAGGAUAAACUGCUCUGUGAGGAACUUAAAUCUGAUCCAAGAUAAAAUCUGUGAAGAUAGUCUUCUAGAAACUGACUUCUUAAACAAAUAAGCAAAACCAAAGACAAAUAAGCAAAAGAAACCCUAAAAGCAAACAAAAAAAGAGCCCAACCCCCCCCCAAACAUGGAAUAAUUGAGUUGUAAACCAUCUUUUGGAAUAAUUGCAAAACAUUGUUCAGGAAAUGGGUUUUAAACUCAAGUGCAUAUUGAUUACACUACUGGAUCAUAUAAAAUUUAAGUGCUUUAAGUCUGGUAUGCUUUGGAAUAAGUUAUCAGAAAUAGUUUUUGUAACUUGUUUAAAGGCUGAAAAUACAACUUUUGAAAUAUUCCUGAGUGAGGAUGCAAGUCUUACUUUAAAUACUUCUGCUCCUGUGUGUUUUAGAAAAACACAAGUAAUAUACAUAAAAAAAAUAUUUUAUUUUAGACUGCAGGGAAAAUGGUGCAUCUAAUAUAUUUCUAGUUCUAUGUACUUCACAUGUUUGUUCAAACUUUUCUGCAUAAAUUUUGGAGAACUUGUUACUUCCUAAAAACAGGUAUGAAAAACUAUGGGAGGGGUCAGUGAAGUUCUUAGAUGGUGAGAUGACAAUGAAAGCAGUAUUCUGUGCUUUAAAUUAGGGUUUGAAUAUAUUCCUGUCCAAAUUUGAAGUUUGCUAAAAACUAAAGAACAGUAGUAAGUUUUAUUGGUCUUGCAAAAAAUUCUAAGCAAUCAGAAAAUCAGCUUCUAAAAAGAGAUGAGAGCAUUACACCUCUGGAAGAGCACAAUCUCACUGCUUUUCAGAAGUGCCUUGGCACUGAUCUGUGCCCUUGCAGAAUUUUUUUCCUAAUCAAUGGCCUUAUUUACCAUAGCUAAAGUAAUCCUGGAGAAUCCAGCCUAAGACUGCAAUUCCCUCUGAAGGGUAGAGGUGCCUACAGUUUACCUCUUAAAGGACUUAAAAAGACCUGGUUUUUACCAGAGUAAUAUUUCUCAACAGUGCAGUAGGAAGGCAGUUGCCCAUUAGAAGAAUAACGAAUGGAGAAAGUAAUCGCUCCUCAAGAAUUACUGUCUGCUACAGAGUAAGAUACUGCACUUUUUCAGGCAAGCCACAACUUGUCAACAAAUUGUUACUCAUACAGUUAACUCUUUUCUAGUCUUCAUUUUAUAGUUCCAUCUAUUUGCAUUCCUUUUUUAGGGGUUAAGAAUUCUCACUGUUCACCUUACACGGGGAGAACAGCAAGCAGAAGCAGUUACAGUCAUGGCAAGCAAAUUUAAUUUUUAGCAUACUUCCCCCAUUCACAUCUUCUCUCUGUGUUUUAUAUAUCAUACACAAGAAAUGGGCACACUCAUUCAAGAAACAACUGCUGAUGUGUGUGAUGUUAAAAAAAAGAAAUUAACUGGCAGAAUAAGUUUCCUUUGCAAUGCAUCUGAAUGUUUGUUACACAUUGUAGUCAACAAUGCUUCAAAACUGGUAUACCUCUGAGCUGUGAGCUGCAUAGCAUUUCAGUUUUAUUUCCUUUUCAUAUGAUAGGUAUUUUAUCAGAACACUUGAAAAUUGCACCUUAAGGACCAAAUUUUUGCUGCAUACAGAAGUUCACAGAAUAAUGCAGAUUUUUUUCCGAGUCACCAGUAAGGUGAAAUACUGAUUUUAAGAAAAUAACACUUCAAAACCAAGCAACAAAAAAGCCCAAAAACCCUGAUCAACAGUAAUGUAGUAACAAUAAAAAAUAGUAUUUUUUAUUAUCAAAAGACAGUAAGAUACAGAGAAUGUGCUGUCACAGUGUUCCUCAAGCAUCUAAUCUCAGUAAUCUAAGCUUUCAACACUGCAACUAUUGAUUCUCAAAUAAAAAGGAUGUUACCAAACAAUCA